UGCUAAAUUUUGGUAGAGGCUCGAGUUGGGUGGAGAAAAUUUUGGAUUUUUUAAACCGUGUGAAUGGUUAUUUGCAUGCAUGAUUAUCUAACUAGUUCAAUUUUCUGCUACAGUGUUAUUCAAAUAUAAGAGGAAAUGCAAUAUAUUUGCUCAAUUUUUAUAAAAUAUACAAGGAAAUUCUGAUAUGUUUCUGCUGCAGACAUAUGGAUUUAGGAGGAUUUGACUCCAAAAACUGGUUUUUUUUUGAACCGGAAAAUUGAUGUUUGUUGGAAAUUUGAAAAUUGGUGUAAUUUGUUAACAACUUAACAUCCCCAGAUCUGGAUCAUUCAUAUUCCCAUUUGAUUUCGUAGGUGAUGCCAUAAUAGACUUUCACCAACUUUAAAUUUCAAUAGUACGAGUGACAACCAGUUAAAAGACAUCUUUGUCUUUGUGCACAGUGACCAAUAUUUCUACCAAUGGAAGACAAUAACAUGGUCCAGAUCAAGGGUGUUUGUAGAAGGUGAAGACGACCAUGGGUUUGUAGUGAGUAAUAAGUGGCAGUAGGUUGAAACAAGUCUUAUGAUGUUGGAUAGAAUAUAGAGCAGGAUGGCAAAAACAAAAUUCAUUCGUUCAUUCAACCAAUCCCAAAUAUUUGGGAUACAGGUUUGUGGAUUUGAGUUUGCAAACUUUGCAAAGGCUUUAUAGAAACCAUAACAACGUGAUGGUGAAUUAGUGCUGAAUACAUUUCACUUUGCAUAAUCAAUGGCUAAACAGAAACCGCUUGAAUGGAUGAUAUUGUUGUUGUAAGCCAGCUUUUGUCACUAGGUAUCUCAUACGGACACAAAACUUACAGGAAACAGCAGAAUUGUAACAUGCUGUUGUUAGGUCGUAAUUAAAUGGGACACAGUCAUUUGCACAUCUUAUUGUAUGAAUCUCAUGCAGGUGACAUCCCCUGGAGGAAAUACAGUGCACUCAUUGAAGGGAACAUCUGGGGAAAAAUUUGAGUUCAAGGCCCCACAAAGUGGCAUGUUCAAAUUUUGUUUUAAUAAUCCAUAUUCGACACCAGAGACCGUCUCUUUCUACAUACAUGUUGGCCACAUUCCCAAUGAGCAUGAUCUUGCCAAGGAUGAACAUUUGGACCCUAUAAAUGUUAAAAUUGCUGAGCUGAGGGAGGCAUUGGAAUCUGUUACAGCAGAACAGAAGUAUCUAAAAGCACGUGAUGCUCGUCAUCGUCAUACAAAUGAGAGCACACGCAAGCGUGUGAUAUUUUACACAAUUGGGGAGUACACGAUGCUGGCUCUUGCAAGUGCACUUCAAGUUGUGUAUAUACGUCAGCUGUUCAGUAAGUCAGUUGGAUACAACCGGGUUUGACAUUCUGUUCUGAAGCUAGCUGGCUAGUGUUAAUUGUCUCAACACAAGAAGUUCGUCACUUUUCUAAAGAGUUUUUUUCUUGAGCUUAGAGAACCGUAUCUUGUUCUUAACAAACAAGUAUGCUGGUUCAUACUACUGAUUCCUUUCAUUUAUGAAAAGAAACUUAUAUAUAUUACAUUUUAUUUUGGUUUUCCUCAUCAAUUAUUUCAGAUUCAGAUGGUUGCGAAAACAUGAAUUUUGAUUGUAGUAAUAAUAGCAUAUGAC